UGACGGUACGACGAAGGCAGUAGCCAUAGAAGAAAAGCAAUCGCUGAAGGUGCACUCUGCUGCAAUGUCGACGCUCCAUUUCGUCGUCCAUCCGCUUCCAGGCACAGAGGAUCAGCUAAACGAGAGAAUACGCGAUGUAGCAGACAAAAUCAACAAGUACGGUGUCCAGACGUUACCCGGCCUCCAAUCGUUGAAAGUUCCAGUCAGACAGAUUGUCAUUGGGCCCGCGCACCUCGGCAUUCUGCUCGAGGAUGGGCGCGCCUUUCGAGUGGCCUUUUCCAUCAUACCAGAGCGGUUGGAUCUAAGCAAACAGGAUGCAUCGAAGUCCGGCGGAGUCGGUGGUGGAGGUGGCGGUGGCGGCGGAGGAGGUGGUGGUGGUGGAGGUGGUGCCGGUGGUGGAGGUGGAGGUAGUGGUGGAGGAGGCGGUGGUGGAGGUGUCGGAAGCCAAUCGUCCGGUCAGUCUAACAACAACUCGAAAAGCACUCCCACCUCCCGACAAUGUCGCUCACGUGCGCGUAUAAUGCGCACCAGCAGCUCGGUUCGCGCCGGAAGUGGUUCGCAAGGAUCUGGCUCGCGCAGUACCGGUGUCAUAAUGGGCGGUGGAUCGUCUGGAAGCCGCUCUAUUGUGUCCGUACCGGCACCGUUCGUGCCGGAGGAGCUGGUGGCACAGGCGCAAGUAGUGCUGCAGGGCAAGAGCCGCAACUUGAUCAUUCGAGAGCUCCAGCGGACUAAUUUGGACGUGAAUUUGGCGGUGAACAAUUUGUUAUCACGCGACGAUGAAGGCGGGGAUGAUACCGAAGAAGGAAGCGACAACUAUGUGGCCGAGGAUUUGAUCUCUUUGUUGGAUGGCGGCUUUCAUCCGGAUAAUAGCGUUAUAAUCGACGCCGAAGCAAUGUUCACCGAUGAUGUGUUCGGGUUUUCCAACAUACGCAAUUUGAUGUUAUAUAGUCGUGCUCGUAGCGAACGGAAUCAAAACUCCUCUUCAUCGGGUGGUGGCGGCGCCGGUGGCACUGGUAGUGGAGGUAGUGCCGGCAGCGCUGGUGGUUCGGCUGGAAACGGUAACGAUGGAACGCCAUCCGGAAGUCGCUCAGGAGGUGGCAGUGGUAGCCAAUCCGGACCCGGCAAUGGAACUGGAGGGGGUGCUGGUGGUUCAGCGUCGGCUGUCAUAUCGGGUAGCGGACAACCGGGAAGCGGAGGCUCUUCUGGUGCCGGUGGUGCUGGAGGUCCUUCGGGCGUAUCCGGUGGUGUGGGCCUCAGUAGCGCGGAACGUGAAGGGUUCGGGCGAUGGCGCGAUCGGCAAUACUUUGGACCUCGUCGUUGGUUCCAGAGCGGAAGGGAAGACGUUUGGGAGAAGGAAACCGGUGAUUCCAAAAAGAAAGAUUACUCGUCCGGAUAUCCACUGUGGGUGUCUGAUGAGAUGGAACCCUGGCCGGAGAAAGAUCAACCGAUACGGUUUACGGAAAUCGCGUCACUGUACUCCGAGUUUAUCGGAGUGACUGCUCGGGGUGAGCUGCACCAGUGGCGCUGGGCCGAUGUCGAACCGUAUCGCAGCAAUGACGCCUCGAACGUACAUCAUCCGAAAACGAUUCCGCUAAACUUGCUGUACGAGAAAGUCACCCACAUAUCGGCCACACUGAUACGCUGUUCUGUUGCCACCGAGGGUGGCCGCAUAGCCACGUGGAUGGACGAGCUGCUGGGUUACGUCGGCAACAAGCUGGAGCAUAGCGCCACAAAUUAUCCCGAGUUUGCACUGGAUCGAAUUGUUUCGCUGCACACCUGCACGCUUUACACCGUAGCCCGCACCGAGAGUGGGGAGCUGUUUUGGUGGGGCGUUUUGCCGUUUGGUCAGCGAAAACGGUUAUGGGAUAAGUACCAAGCGAAAGCGAAGAAACCGGUACGACCGAGUGUGAACGCACCGGAGGUGACGGUCGGAACGCAGGUGUGCAUGAAGAGCUGCCCGAUGUACCAGCACGGUGCGAUCGGUUUUACCAUAUCGAACGGUGUGCCGAAAGUGGGCCAACUAAUGAAUGCAGCUUGGGAUUUGACAAAGAUGGGUCGCUUCAAACUGCUGUCGAUGUCGACGUUAUCGCAACAGUUGGCUGCAAGCACGCAGGGUGGCAGUACGGGUGGUCUCGGAGUUGGUGGUGGAGGACUAGGGUCGAGUUCCGGUCUGGUAGCCGGAUGUGUUGCGAGUUCGCUAGGAAUUGGAGCAGGUGUUGCUGGGCUCGGAUCGCAGAGUGGCACCGCUGGUGGUUCUGGUGGAAUGGCUGGUAUUUUGGAAAAGGAAUCCAAAGGUGGAAGCUCCACUGGAGGAACUACAAGCAGCUCUUCGGGAUCGGGUGGGGUUUCAUCAUCCUCGAAGCAAGGAUCUGGUAACAACAAGGAAUCCACCGAUCGCCUGGAUAUGCCUCCACCACCUUCGCCUGCUUCAAGUACGUGCAGCGACACUGGUAGCGUGACGAAUUCUCACAAGCGCCCAAAGCGAAUGACUCCGAAGGAAGAACCGGAUCCCAAAAAGGACGAAGAACAAUGGUAUUUAAAGGAUGUUAUCUUCGUGGAGGACGUCCGCUCUGUUCCUAUCGGUCGCGUGUUGAAAGUAGACGGAGACUAUGCGGCAGUUAAAUUCCCACCACCACCCGGAUCUGCUGCUGCUGCGUCGUUGUCCUCCAAUAAUGGUUCUAGCAACAGUAAGGAUAAAUUCGACGAUAGCAUUGAAGCCUGGCAAGAUUGUCGGCUGCUGCGGAAGGAUGAUCUGCAGGUGAUUAAAUCCACCACGACGCCCCGCGUUCCGGAUUGUUUCCAAAAGAUACCACGCCGCAUUGUUCUGAAUCCGGCUGCUUCUUCAAGCAGUAACGGAGGCGGAGAUGCGUCGGGAGGCACUUCGCAGUUGCUUACCAUCGCCGUCGAUCCGAAGGGCAUUCAUGGCAUAAUGAAAACAGCCAACAAUCGGCUGCAUUACUCGUUGUUUAAUCUGAACACCGGUCGGCAGGAGCAGGAUAGCGUGUUUCCAACCGAUAUCGGUUCGUUCCUUGGAGCCUCGUUGCAGGACGUAUCGCUCACAUGUGCCGGAGAUAGUUCAGACAGCGUGUUGCUCUUACGUGACGGCAACCACACGAUAUAUCCAAUGGCAAAGGACUGCGUGGAUGCGAUCCGAGACCCGAGCUGGCUUGAUUUACCACCGAUCAAGUGUAUCGCAGCUGCUUCGCUGACGCUGCCUUCGGUGGGCGUGAAUCUAAAGUCACAAGUGGCACUUGUCGUACUGGCCCCAGAACAACAGCUGCUUAUGUCGAAGAUUUUGCGUUGCGACAUCCAAGGCGUACGGCAGCUGCUCGUGCACAUCGCUAUGGAAGGCCCGGAACAAAUGAGAAAUACGCUAGCUGCUAUCCUUGCCGAGCAUACGGAUGGUAACAGGAACAUUAUUCACGCCUGCAUCAGCAUGUGCUCGCCAACCUCCAACCGGGAGCUCGACUUCGUUUCGUGCAUUAACACCUCCAACGGUAAUGGUAACAGUGGAACGCCUAAUGGAGGCAAUGGCGCCGGUUCAGGAGGCGGAUCUGGUUCUUCAUCCGGGCUCGAAUCAAUUAAUGUAAUAACGAACACGAUGAUAGGCAAUCGCCCCGUCAGCAUUCGGGAGAUCAUGCGCCGUAACGUUAGCAACCGUGAAAUGGAAAGUGUUGACAAUUCGGUCGCUGCUAGUAACCUGCAAGCUGGCGGAAGUGCACCCGUUUCUGGUGCUUCACUAGUGCCUGGUGUCGACGACCAACCGCCAGUGCUUAGUGGAAACUCGAUGCCGGUCGUCUACUGGCCGCCGGAGUACGAUCCUACCAGUGGCGAUGAGGAUAGUCUCGGUGCACUCAAUAGCGCGAUGGCAGGAGCAGCAACAGGCGGUCACCAACAGUCCCAGCAGCAGCAGCAGCAACCGCAAAACCAGCAUCAGCAGCAUCAUUCGGGAUCUUCCAGUCAACAGCCAUACACAUCGCAGAAAUCUAUUGCAGCCAUCGCAGAGACGUUCGUGUCCGAUUCGACCGAACGGCGUCAGAAUGCGCAGUUUGUGCUUCAGCUACUGUGUGAAAGUCCUGUAUUGCAGCCACACCUGCGCGCGCUGUUAAGCGCGAAGGACGCUCAAGGUCAGACACCAUUCAUGCUGGCGGUAACCUGCCGAGCGUAUCAGGCGGGUAUUACGGUGUUCAACGCCAUUCAGAAGAUUGCGAACGGCGACGAUGCAGUCCGGGACUCGAUGAUUUUUCCAGCCGGUUCUUCUCCGGACCAAUCGCCGCUGGGAAUCCUGUGCUGUAAUGAUACCUGUUCUUUCACUUGGACCGGAGCGGACCACAUUAAUCAGGACAUCUUCGAAUGUCGCACGUGCGGCCUGACGGGAUCACUCUGCUGCUGCACCGAGUGUGCCAAGGUAUGCCACAAAGGGCACGACUGUAAACUGAAGCGCACCUCUCCAACGGCGUACUGUGACUGUUGGGAAAAGUGCAAAUGCAAGGCACUAAUCGCUGGCAAUCAAACGAAGCGCCACGAGCUGCUGUGCAAGAUGGCCAACGAGACGGAUCUGGUAACGCGCUUUAACUCGCGCGGUGAAUCGAUUCUGCUCUUUCUCAUUCAAACCGUAGGCCGGCAAAUGGUUGAACAGCGCCAGUAUCGAGCAACGUCACGCGUUCGGUCGACUUCAUCGGGCAAUGCGCGCAAAACGCCAAGCCUCGAGCCAGACAACGAGAUGCCAGAGCACAAUCUCGAGCCGCCGCGUUUCGCCAGAAAGGCACUCGAUCGGUUGCUGAACGAUUGGCCAGCCGUCCGGGCGAUGAUCAUGACCGGUGCGGAACACGAAAAGCCAAUCGUUCCGAACGCGAAUCAGCAGCCGUUCUACGACGACGACAACCAGCAGGUGUACCUGCAAUCCCAGAGUGGCACCUCGCUGCUGGACAAAUUCACCCACAGUCUGAUAGUGCGCUGCAGUAGCGAUCCGCUCGAGAAGCUGCUGGUGCGGCUUGUGCACGAACUUCAGAACGACACGAUACCGGGCCGGAUGGAGGAAGCGCAGAAGGUGGCUCGCCGGUUCGUGCGCUCUGUGGCGCGUGUGUACGUGAUUUUUAGCAUCGAGCGGUUCCAGAAUCCAGAGAAGCAACGGAACUCUACCACGCAAACGAAGCACUUACAGGCGUACCGGCGCGUUUUUACGGCGUUGUUCAAGUUUGCCAUCGAGGAGCUGGUGGAAAUAGCGGAUGCGUUGAUAACACCGGUUCGUCUGGGCGUUGUGAAGCCUAUCGCACCGUUCAGCUUGUCAUCGAACAACAUAGAUAGUACGGAUGAGUUGUUCUCGGUUGAGCCACUUGCACCACCGACAAAUCGCACCGGUGGAACCAGCAUGGCUCAAAUUGCCAAUGCCACGGCUAACGUGCACCUCGGGGUUGAUUCAAUGGACAGCGAGCGUUCGUCGUCGGGAUUCAUAUCGCGUAUCAACAUUCGUUUGCGUGAUAUCGAAGACAACAACGACGGAGAUGCGCUUGUGCAGGACGACGGUGAAACAUCCGAACAGGAAGACUUGGCCGAACGUGAGCAACCACCACCUAGACGCUCGUCGUCCUUGCGACCGGUUACAAGUGCGGUAUCGAUGAACGCCGAGGAAGAAUCGCAGGAUCCGCUACGGAACGAAGAAAACGCCCAAGGUGAGAGUGACAACGAGUACAAUUUCCACGAAGCCGAAACUGAGUCCGAUUCCGACGACAACCAGAGCACGCAAGAUGCGCAGCGCAGUGUGCAAACCGGAGCAACCGCUGGUUCGGAUACAGGGCUUAAUUCGCUGUUAUUUGACAACGAGGACGAUUCGGGCGAUUCGACCCAGCCGGAUGAUGAAGGAUCGGAGGACGGUGAAAGUGAUGAUCAAUCCACGGUGGAUUUCAAUUUGAACGAUGAGCAGCUAGAGCGUCGUCAAACGCCGGGUGGCAAUCAACGUAGCAAUCUUGCCCCGCAGUCGAUGCAAUGGGCCAUUCGUAACCGUGAGACUGUUGCCCCGGAACGAGUACGCUUAGCUACGGGCAGCUCCAAUCUGGUGUUCAUCGAUCCGAGCUCAUUGCGUCGGUCGACGGCAGCCGUGACAUCCGCACAGCAGCAGGAAUCACCGACGAUGACAACGACGGCCAGUGCCCUUGCUCGGGCGUUCGGCAUCAUACUACGGCAAAUAUCCGAGUUGAUCGGUAUGCUGCCGACGAGCAUUAGCGGUUCUUCAUCAGUUCUCGAUGUGACACACCAGGAUGCCGUUCAACUGCAGAUGUACGUAGAAAAACGAUUGAAGUCAACCUGGGAAUGGAUAUUAACCGUGAUGGAAGCGACCGAGGCGCAGCUGCGAUUCGGUGCCUCAUUGACUGAUUCGACUGACCCUUCGCACCCUCUGCAUCCACUCAACGUUCCGACUGCAUCGAGCAGCAACGAAGGUUCUGCUCCUUCUGCGAUGAUUGGUGUCACUGCAAGCAGAAAUAGAGCCACUAUUAGUACACUGGGAACAUCGGCAACUACGCGCAACUUGGGAUUUGCUGAUAAUGAUCGAAACACACGUGAUGGUGGAUCGUCUUUGACUGCCGACUCGGAAUCUAGCAGACGUGAUUUCCUUACCUAUUGCCUUUCGCUGAUGCGCGCACAUAACUCGGAACACCGUGAUUCGUUGCCUGUGCUGGACGUUACGGCUCUUCGCCACGUUGCAUACGUGCUUGAUGCAAUUCUGUUCUACAUGCGCGCCACAAAUGACUGCGAGCUCGACCGAACGACGACCGGUUCGAACGUGUGGGACGACCAGGACGAGAACGAGAACGAAGAAACGGAAGAGGACAUCUCUACCUCGAUCGUCAUGGAUACCGAUUCGGUCGAUGACGACGUGCUGACUCGACCAUCGCUCGGACGCCGGCAUUCGUUCUUCCAGCGCUCCGAUUCGACGCUGUGUCUCGGUUGCCCAGCACCGGAUCCGUUCAAUACGCCCCUUACGGAAGCUCUGCCGCUGGCGGAUCAGCCACACCGUUUGCAACCGACCGCCAAGCGAGAAGACUUGUUCGGUAUGCCAAAAUGGCCGAUUACGUUGGCACCAAGUGGCAAUGGAAGCGGCAAUGUCAACCCAAUGAACUCUUCCUCCGAUGUUGCAGCGUGCUCUACGAUGGGCACCAAUCUUGAACUGCCACCCGUUCGACUGAGCCUAUCGUCUUCGAUUCGGAAUGAAGUUAUAAGUACGGGCACCACCGGCAUGAUUGUCGAUCUGGCGGACACUCUGUACGCUGUGCCGCAACAGCCGCAGCCGCCAAGUCAAGAUGCAUCCGUCUCGUUCAUUGGAAGUGGCACUCCAACCUCUCCACCAAACACGGACUCCCGUGUGAGGGUAGAAAUUUCUCUUCCCGUAGGAAUUUACGAGGCCGCCAGCGGAACAGCGGUGGCCACCGGAGUGGCGACUAUUGCAGGAGCAUCUUCCUCCAAACAGCAACAGCAGCAGCAACAACUGGAAAUGGACCCAAGCGGUAGCGGAACGACGGCUAUGGCAACCGCAUCCAGUAGCGGCGGCAGUAGUCCGCCAAAGGCUGGUGAAACGCACUCUCCGAAACCACCGCCACCACCACCUCCACCACACGGCGGCGGCGGUAACAGUAGUGGAAGCAAUAGCAAUAGCGGAGGAGGCACCAGCGGUACCAGCACGUCGUCCUCCUCGCCAUUCUCCGAGGUGUACUACAAAAAGAAUCGGCUGUUCUACCUGAAGAACAACAAGUACAGCGAAGAGUCCGACGUCGAUGAAGUGAGUAUCAGCUCGGAUGAGCCGCAGGACUUGUCGCAAUCGACGUUUAAAAUCGAUGUCGAUACGGAUCAGGAUCACGAUGAGCUGUCGGAAUCGGACUCGGAGGACUCGCACCAGCACUCUUCGACCGCGGCCAAGCGCCAGAAGCUGGACGAUGCGGACGCUAGCGGCGGGGACAUUGGGAAUGAUGAGGUCCCUGCAGUAUCAUCGAUACCGCUGCAGCAGGGAAGCGCAGACGGCAUGAUAAGCCAGCAGCAGAUGCACCAGCAGCUGCAGGAACCGUCAUCGGCGAUCCGGCCACCGAUUAUCGUCACCCGUCGUAAGAUGGCGAUGGUGGCCGCCGGAGGUCCCGGCAGUGGUAUGGAUGCGUCGAUUGUUCUAGGACAAGGCUCUUCAUCAGCUGACGUGCUGGCCAGUGAUCAGGUAGGCGGUGCUUCUUCUUCAUCGUCGUCAGGCCCAACUGUUUCAUUCGCCAACCCACUGGUGACGAUCGGAAAUGUACCGGCAGGAUCUUCACCCGGCAAGAGUGUAAUUGUCCGCGCAGGUUCUUCAGCCACGGUAUUUGCAACGGGCCACGUCGGAAGUGGCAGUGGCAGUAACUCCGUCGACCUCAUACAAUCAGCCGAAGCCAUGGACAUACAGGAAAUAUCCGCUCACGUAACGGUCGAAACAACGCCAAACGUUGUGCCAACGGCGAUACAACCCGAAAUGCCACCACGAGGCAUCUACCUGCGUGGUUCGUCGGCAAUGCAUUCGUCCAUCCUGUCGGAUAUUCUGCUGGGCCGCUGGCGCCUCUCGUUGAUUCUGUUUGCCCGCGUGUUCCUCGAGGACGUCGGAGUUGAACCGGGCAGUGUCAUCUACGAGCUGAACGGAUUCCCUGUAAAGGAAACCAAAUUCAGGCGCUACAUGGAAAAGCUGCGAUGUACCACUCAGAAGGACUUGACGCUGUUGAAGAUGGAGCGCAACCGAGCAGCGCUGCUAACGCAGACGUUCAAGGAGCUGAACACGUUAUACUGCAAUCGGCGCGUCCAGCAGCCGCUCGUGUUUAAUCGGGUGAAAGUAACAUUCAAGGAUGAGCCCGGUGAAGGAUCGGGUGUUGCGCGAAGCUUCUACACCGCCAUUGCUGAGGCUCUGCUGGCAAACGAAAAACUGCCCCCGCUGGAUACGGCGCAAACACCUGCUAAAUACGGCGGUGGACCAUUCAACAGUAUGCUCCGGCAUCGGGGCAGCAGUAGCGGUGGCGGAGCAAGCGCUAAUGCAGGUGUCGGUGGAAACGUUGGUGCUGGUGGUAGCGGCGGAAGUGGCGCAGGUGUCGGUGUAUCUGGAGGCGCAGGAGGUAGUGGCAGUGGAGGUGGUGGCAGUAGCAGUAGCUCCCGCCGGGGUCUUUCUAGCAAGCAGCCAUUAUGGCGCCCGAAUCGCGAAUCUCGUAAAACGCUCAACUACGACGCUAGACCGUUCCGGCCGGCAAGCGAACUAAUCGCCCAGGGUUUGUCCGGUCCCGGUGGUAACAGCAACAGUAGCCCCUCCUUCAUGAACGUCGGCGAUGGUCUGUCAGUGCAACAACAGCAGCUCGGUGAGCGGUUGUACCCGAAGGUGCAACAACAACACCCUAACAACGCAGCCAAGAUAACGGGCAUGUUGCUGGAAUUGCCCCCGACGCAGGUGUUACAUUUGCUGGCGUCGGACGAAAACCUGCGACAGCGCAUCGGUGAAGCGGUCGAAAUCAUCCUCCAACGGCAGCGGCUUGAAAUGGAAAACCUCGCAAAUGGCGGCGGUGGUCAAUCGUCCUCCUCGAGUGGUGGUUCCUCGUCGGCGCAAGGUGUUCCAAACUCGCUCGGUGGCUCCGUAUCGUCGGCUGGUGUCAGCAAUGUCGGUGUAGGCGCUACGAUGGGCUCGGUAGGACCAGGAACGGUCGGAGAUCAAGGUAUUAGCGGUGGCAGUGUCAACGCCCCCGGUGGAUACGGCGGUUUGGUUGGCCAGGGAACGCCAACGUUGUCGAAGAAGGGCGGCCCAGUGUUGCUGCUGGAUGAUUGUCAGAUGGACGCACCAUUGUUCUACACACCCGGCAAGCGCGGUUUCUACAGUCCUCGGCAAGGAUAUCCUUCCGGUGAACGGAUGAACGCAUUCCGCAAUGUGGGCAGGCUGAUCGGAUUGUGUUUGCUUCAAAAUGAACUGUUUCCGCUCUUCCUGCAACGUCACGUGCUGAAGUUUAUUCUCGGACGACAGACCCGCUUCCACGAUCUAGCGUUCUUCGAUCCGGUGGUGUACGAGUCGUUGCGUCAGCUCAUCAAAGAUUCGCAAACCAAAACAGGCAUCAGUAUUCUGCAGAGCCUGGAAAUCAACUUUGUGAUUGACCUUAUGAUGGAGGAAGGCUCGGGAACGGUCGAGCUCGUACCGGGUGGGCGAGAUAUUCAAGUAAAUGAACAAAACGUGUACGAUUAUGUGCGCAAGUACGCCGAGUAUCGCAUGAUAAAAACCCAAGAGAAGGCUUUAGAGGCAAUCCGUUCCGGUGUGUUUGACGUGUUGCCCGACACGGCCCUGGACCAGUUGACGGCGGAAGAUCUGCGACUGUUGCUGAACGGUGUAGGCGACAUCCACGUGGGGACCUUGAUCUCCUACACGGCGUUCAACGACGAAUCGAACGAACCUAGUGAAAAGCUGACAAAGUUCAAGCGCUGGCUGUGGAACGUGGUGGAAAAAAUGAGCAAUCUAGAGCGUCAGGACUUGGUGUAUUUCUGGACUGGUUCGCCUGCGCUGCCCGCGUCCGAGGAAGGAUUCCAACCGAUGCCAUCGGUAACGAUUCGCCCGGCGGACGAUUCACAUCUACCGACGGCGAACACCUGCAUCUCCCGCCUAUACAUCCCACUCUACUCGAGCAAAGCGGUCCUGCGGCACAAACUCCUGUUGGCGAUUAAGACGAAGAACUUUGGGUUCGUAUAAGAUAGAGAGUUCGUUUCCUCCGAGCGAUGGAGAGAGAAAAGGAUAAAAAGGACGAGAAAAAAAAGUAUGCUUGGUAGUAGUACGAAAUCAGCUAAACUAAACAAAACGCCACAGAUAGAUCUUCGUCCGAAGACGGAAAGCUUGUUUCCUUGUAUGCAAACGAGAUACUAGAAAAGACGUAGACAAGACGCGCGAAGUGGUGAACGAUAGAGGAGCUAGAGAUGUGGCACUAUUCGCCGGUCUGCUGAUCAAUUUUCUCGUUUUGCAAACACAGUCGCUUUUAGAUGUUAGUGUUGUUUUUUUUUCUUUUCUUAUGUUUUGUUCCACCCAGCAGUUGGUCAUCCCUUUGAAGUAAAAAAAUUAAAUGAAUUUCCCUCCCUUUGCCUGCGAACGGCCUUUCGAGUGGACAAAGCUAUAGCUUAAGUUUUUUGUGCGUAUUAUUUAGGGUGAUACUAGCAUAAACUAUGUUUAUCAGAUGGAAGGAAUCGCCUUCCUUCUUCGCCUUGCGUUUUGGCUUUCACUGAAGCGCGAGUAGAAAACAUUAUCUUGGCAAAAUGGUGCAACAACGAGCAUAGAUAGCUGUUACGAAAAUACUACGAACACACACACACACACAACACGCUGGAAUUGGUCGUAGCGAAUUCGAUAACAACUUGUAUAACAUGUAACUCCACUUGCGGAACAACGUUAGUCAGGCAAAACGUUACGAGAGUCAACAUGAUAGCGAACAUGGUACUGGCGUACCUACAAUGGAUGUUCUGCUCGUGCAUGAGAGCACGUAAUUCCAUCUUAUCCCUGGGCUCGUUUUGUUUCAACGAAUCCUGUGCAAAAUGUAAUGCUUGAUUUAGAUUAUAAACCGUUUUCAUUUCAUUGUUCAAGAAAAACAAAAUGAAUAGCGAUUUUUCGUCACGAAAAGAAAAAGAAAUAUCGUUCUACUAGCGGUACUAAUGAACGAGCAGCGAAAGAUGGAUAGCUUGAAGAAGAAGAGCGUUCGAAGAAAAAUCGAGACAAAAAGAGUGCAUACGAAUGUAGUUUUCGAAACUAGGCAAGCAAUGCAGGGGACGUUACAAUACCCGUGAGCAGUUGGUGGAAAAUAUUAUAACAAAAUCGAUAUCUUUAAAUAUAGACAUAUAUUUAUAAUCAUAUAUACACAACACACUGGUGUGCGUAUCGGGUGAAUAGGGGGCGCGCGUUGCUUCUGUGCGGAAAAGGGGGCGAACCGCGAACAAAUCUCUCGAUCGAAGUGUAACGUCGGGGUUCCGGCGGCAACGAAUGGUGGACAAUAUGCAAAGCAUCAGCCCCGCGGAUAGUGAUAGCAGCAACAGAGGACGAUGCAAUGGGGGGGAAAAUUGUGAAUGUCCUGUUUGUGUAGAUAGAGCAACGGCAGCGCAGACCGCGAGAGAGCCACGGGGGAGCGGGACACACACACACACACACACUUGACAGAUCGAAUGUGGAACGGACGGAAGGCGAACGAAGGGUGCCUGCCGUCUGCCUUGGGAGCGAGAUAGAAUCGGAAAUGGUAGCCAACAGUGGAGCAACUUGUUGGGGGAUUAUUUUGCGAUCGAUCUGUCAUCGAAGGACCUUUCUUUCGACAUCCGAGGACCUAUGAGGGGGGUAACGCAUUUGCACGGAACCACGAACCACAUAUCGAAAUAGUCGAUCGUUCCGCGCAGAUGCCGCUCUUCUUUAGUCACCCGGUUAGUUUUGUUGCUUUAUGUUUUGUUUUAUAUUCUCAUUAGUGUCCUCCUCCUCGGCUCCCGCUCUUUAUUACGUUUAUUAUUUCACCGUGGGGUAAAGUUUAGUAACGCUCCAAUGAAGAAAGGGAUAAGGAAAGUGCACUAGGAAAUGCAUUAGGAAGUAGGACUCGUAAGGACAAUUUGCGUCAAAAGUUACACAAAACGCGACCGCACAUUUAUGUAUUCCAAAAGGCUCUGUACCAUAGGCAACCAGCACCCUCUCAAGAGAAAGCGAUGUGUGAAAAAGAAAAAUAAUACCGCCAUCCCAGCGGAGAAAGGUAAGCGAAGCGGACACGGUUGGAAAACGAUAUAUUAAAAAAAAAUUAUCAAUUUUAUGGAAUAUAACCACACUCGGUGUGUCAGUUCA